AUGAUUGCCUCUAAAAUAAUCAAAAGAUAAGAAUAACUCACAUCAAAUCCAAUCUAAGAUGUUUCUUAAAUGAAAAAGGUACAAAGUAAUCUAAUGAUGGUAUCUAAAGCAAGUAGUUUACCAAAAUAGUUUGAUAAGAAUGAGAAAUUAAAAACUACAGGAAAUAAAAUGGAAUCUUUUAAGCAUUCAAAAAAUAACUCUAUGAAUCAUUUAUCAACAACUGAAAACACUAAAAUUAUUGAUUCUAUUCAAAAUGUUUCGUCCAUUUAUAUUAAUAAUAAAACAGAAGAAAUUUAACUUAGAAAUGAGAUUUAACUUAAAGCAUAAAUUAUUGCAGAUUUAAAUAAACAUGUUUCUUAAUUAUAAUAAUAAAAUACAAACAAUGAAAUGAUUAUUUCAUAAUUGGAAAAAGACGUUUAAUAAUUAAAUUAAACUAUCGAAAAAAUGUGUGAAUAAUUAACAGAUUCUAAUAAUGAUUAUAACAAAGAGAUAUAAAAAUUUUAAGAUUAAAUUAUAAAUAAAGAUAAAAUCAUUAAGUUUUUCAAAGCAGAAAACUAAUAAUUGUUAACUAUUAUUAAAUAAGGUUCUUAUGAUAAAAAAAAAGUAGAUAAAGAGAAUUAACCAAAUAUUACUUAAGCUAAUUAAUAGGAUUAAAUUAAUUAUUUAAAAGAUUAAAUUGAUCUAUAAAGAAAAUAGUUUUAAUAAACUGAAGAUUCUUUAUAAAAAUAAAUAACUGGACUCAAUUAAUUUGUAAAUGAAUUAUUUCAAUAAUAAUCAUCUGAUAGAUUAAACACGAAUAUAAGUAGUAGAAAUGAUAAAGAUAAUAGAAAUAGAAAAUUAUCAUUAUAAAAUGAUAUGGAUACAUUUCAAUCAUAAUUAUAAUAACUUGAUAAAUAAAAACAUAAAUUAGAUCAUAAAUUUGAUAAUAUCUAAUGCAAUCUAAAUUAAUUAACUGAAAAACAAUUAAACUAUGUUUGUACAGAUAACACUUAAAGUAUGAAGGAAAUCAUUAAAUUAAAAUAAAUAGUGUAAAUAUAAAAGAAAUAAAUUGAAUUAUAGUAAAAAACAAUACUUAAUCAACAUUUCGAAAUUCAAAAUUUAUAAACAUUACUUUAUAAAAAUGAUCAAUAUAGUAUUUCUAAAACUAAAGAAAUUAAAGAAAAUAAUGAAGAUAUUAUAACUAAUGAAUUUACUAAUUCUCCAAAAGAUGAUAUGUAAAUUUUUAUAUUUAUAUAUAGUUAUCAUUUAAAUGACAGUUAAAGUGAGAUUAAACCUAAAUAUUAUAUGGAUAGCAUAUAAAAUACAUUCCAGAAGUUUUAAGUAAUAACAGAAGAAAGCACUUUUAGAAGUUGA